ACCGAGUCCUUUCCCCAUCACUCGUUCAUCAGUGAGCGGAAGUUGAACGCGACAAUUCUGCGCAACCCGCGCGCCGCUGUCUGCAUCUCGGACUUCCCCUCUUCUAUAUUCUCUUCUUUUCUAUUCUCGCGCCAUUUCGUUUUCGAUCCGGCCCUAUACCGUGACCAUAUACGCGCAAACCCCAUCGGCCAGGGUCAACCGCGAACUUUCGCCUUCACCCGCGCCCACUCUCGUUCCAGGCCGCGCGAUCCAUUUCUUUCGACGUGACGGCCAUUUCGGUUUCGAUUUCGGUUCCUUGGAUCUAUCGUACGCGCGGAUAGCUUGGUCGUUGCGGAACACGCGAGAGACGCGGACAUUUGGCCGAGCGGAAAGUUAUCACCAUGGCUUUCGGCGGCUUUGGUAGUGGAGGUGGUGGUGGUGGCUUCGGCUCCAACACCAAUCAGUCGACUGGGUUUGGAGGGUUUGGGAGUGCGAAUACCAGUAAUCAGUCUCCAGGUUUUGGAGCACCUGCAGCUGGAGGUGGCUUUGGUCAGACUGGAAACACCGGAGGAGGCAUCUUUGGCGGUGGCCAAUCUAGUACCGGUGGUGGAUUUGGCUCAGGCUCAGGGACCUUCGGUUCAAAUACUCAGAACACCUCUCUUUUCAACAAACCCGCAUUUGGCUCCGGUACAACAUCGUCUUCAUCCCUCUUCGGUGGUGGGACAGCUACGACCGGUGGCGGAUCUGGCUUUGGAGGCGGUUUCGGAAACACCGGGACAUCAGGAGGAUUCGGCACAGGAACCUCCAACACAGGAGGCGGUGUCUUUGGAGGCGGCCAGAAAUCAGCCUUCGGGGGUGGCACUGGUGGCACCAAUGCCUUCGGCACUAGUGGGCAAGGAACUGGUACCUUCGGCGCGUCGCCCUCAGCAUUCGGAGGUGGCAGUGGGACUGCUUUCAAUCAACCGACCGCGAACAACGGGACUGGCCAGACGCAAUUCCAAGUCACAAGCGAAAAAGAUGGCGCGAGCGGGACGGCACAGUACCAGAGCAUCAGCUUCAUGCCACCCUACCAAAAUUUCUCGUUCGAAGAGCUGAGAGUAGUCGAUUACUCACAAGGACGCAAAUAUGGAAACGAAAAUGGCCAAGCCGGCGGCUUUGGGAAAUCCACCGGAUUUGGUGGAUUUGGAGCAGGCACUGGUACUAGUACUAGCGGAUUCGGUGCCACCAGUUCUGCAGGAGGUGGCGGAAUGUUCGGAACCACAACCACGAACACCAGUUCGCCCUUCGGUGGUGGCCAGACUCAGCAAUCGGGCGGGUUUGGUGGUGGAUUCGGCAACAACGCUGGUGCUACUGGUACCGGCGGCGGUCUCUUCGGCGCCGCUUCGAAACCUGGCGGCCUGUUCGGCGCAACGCCUGCGACGACGAGUCAACCAUCCGGCGGCAUGUUCGGUGCGACAAAUACCACUACGAGCGGCGGUCUCGGCGGCGGCCUCUUUGGAGCCCAGAACCAGACUCAGAAUAAGACUGCGUUCGGAGGAGGCUUUGGAGGUGGUGCGCUCGGCGGCGGCACUGGAUUCGGCCAAACCACAUCCUCUGGUGGAGGCUUGUUUGGCGGUGCCACUUCCACGGCUCCGGCAUUCGGGUCCCAGCAGGGCACGCCUGGUGGUGGCUUCGGAGGCCAGCAAGGCCAACAGCCAACCCAGACUCAAAAUCAAGGUGGUAUAUUCUCUGGAUUUGGAAAUGCCACCCAGCAACAGAAGCCAGGCGCAUUUGGAGCCACGCCAGCCGCCGGAGGCGCAAGCCCCUUCGGCCAGGCUCAACAGCAACAGCCCAGCGGCGGUCUCUUCGGUGCUAGCACCCAGCAACCAUCCGGUGGCCUGUUCGGUGCUAAGCCUGCUGCGCCUAGCCCCUUCGGUGCCAGCACUGGAACACAGCAGCCCGGGGCCGGUCUCUUUCAAAAUGCCGGCCCUCAGCAACAAACUCAACCCACUGGAGGCUUGUUCGGUGCAACACAGCCAAAGCCAACAUUCGGAGCAUUUGGUGGAAGCACUGGGACUAGUACUGGCGGCGGUCUCUUUGGAGGUGCUCAAGCCAACACUAAUCAACAGCCUGGCGGUCUCUUUGGCUCCCAACAGAAUCAGCAGCAGUCUGGCGGCAGUCUUUUCGGGGGAUCUCAGCAAAAUCAACAGCAGCAACAGCAGCCAUCCUCGUUGACCGCAUCGCUAAUGGACAACCCGUACGGAAACCUCCAACUAUUCCAGAGCUUGGCGACACCUGCUGCGAACGUCGGGCCUCUCGCGACACCUUUGUCAAGUUCACAGAAACUUAGGAAGCAAGCGAUCCUGCCCCAACACAAGAUCAACCCGAAUGCUUCGACCCGGCUUAUCACACCUCAGAAGCGCCCUUCCAGUUAUGGGUUCUCAUACUCUACAUACGGAACUCCAAGCUCCGCAUCCAGCAACGCGAGUCCCGGAGGAUUCGGCGCCAGCUUUCUCGGCACUGGAAGCUUUGGUAGAAGUCUUGGGCUAGGCAAAAGUCUCUCGACCAGCAAUCUUCGCCACACCUACAACGCGGAGGACAGCCUCCUGGCUCCUGGAUUCUUGAAUAACAGUCUCAAGCAACACAGCACCGGCGGCGCGAAGCGACUUCAGAUCAACCGUGGACUCGACACUCGCCGCUCUCUCUUCGGCCCUGACCGCAGCUUGGAGCUCCAGAGUCCCCUGAAAAAGAAAGUAAGCUUUGAUGCCGAUGCGGAUCCACGAAGCAGUUCUAGCGGAGCAGAUUCCAUGGACACUCUCAACGGAGCUGUGAUCCGUCGGCAAGAGGAUAGGCAUCCGCCAGCAAUCAAUGGAGCUAGCUAUAUGAGGCCACGCCCAGACGCGCGCAAUGGAGCGCCGGUUCAACCCCCAAUGGAACAGGUUGGCGGCAUCACUGGCAAAGAGCUGGCCAUUGUUCCGGAGAACGAAAGCCCUCCAACUGCCGACGCCUCAAACCAAGUCGCGAUUUCCCUUCAGGUAGACCAGAAACCCGGCACAUACUGGACGAGUCCCCCCGUUCAGGCCUUGAAGGGAAUGACUCGUGAGCAACUGAAGAAUGUUCGCAACUUCACCGUCGGCCGUGUCGGUGUCGGUCACAUUGAAUUCGGAGAUGUGGAUCUCUCCAAUAUCGGUGCCGAUCGCAUUGCCCCCGGCAUCGUUGUCCUUGAGGUCCGACGGGCGACUGUCUAUGGACGGGACUGCGGUUUCAAGAAGCCCCCUGUCGGUCACGGACUCAAUGUUCCGUCCGUCAUCACGCUUGAAAACUCCUGGCCUCGCUCCAAACGCGGAUCAGCUCCUGUCCUGGAAAAGAAAGGGUCGCGCAUUGAAAACCAUAUCAAACGGUUGAUGACAGUUGAGGACACCGAGUACAUGGGGUACGAUGUGGACAAGGGUAUCUGGCGGUUCAAGGUUCAGCACUACACGACGUACGGCUUGGAAUAUGAAGACGAGGAGACUGGUGAUGGCAAACUUCUGUCCAGUGCUUUCGACGCUGCACCGAUGGACACUACUCCUGACAAGCCCGUCCAUACACAGGUCUCCGUGGACUCCGCCUCCCCUGACAUCUCCAUGAUGAGCCCUGGGGAGUCUAGCCCUGAAGAUACCUUCCAGUUCAAGACCGGCCUUCGCAACGGCGUCCCGGGCGGCUUUAGCGACGAUGCUGCCCUGUUCGAGGAAUCCACUGCCAUUCACGACGACAUUCCCACAAUGAGCGGUGCCCUUCCUUUUUUAGGUGAUGGCUCCGUGCUCUUGCCGGCUGACACGAAUCUCGAACGCGACUCGUAUCUGGCCUCUGACGGCAUGAAUUUCGACGUGGAUCAAAACAUGGCCGGAUCCUUCCCAGCGCCCGACAACCAAGCCACGGAGCCCUCUCUCGGAUCUCCUCUCCGACUACACGCUCAAGCAAACGGCAAGCCGAAGUCGAUCUUGAAACAUACUCUACGCGACUUCGACUCUCCGAUGGACACGCCAGCCAAGUCGAAGAUCGUCAUUGGUGCGGACUGGGCAGAGCAGUUGCAGAACACCGUUUCCCCGAAGAAGCGAGAUCGACAGGCAUUGCGAGAUACGCAGGCGAGUGCCCUACGCACGCUCGGUGACGAACCGACGCCAAAGGAACGGGUCGUCUCGAACGGGUCAAUGCCGUUCACGACCAGCAUCGACAUCAUGAAUUCAUUGUUUGGAGGCAAUGAACGACCGAAUGGGAUUAUGAAGAAAUCAAAUCGGCAGGCAGUUGAGUCUCCCGCCUCGAAGAAAUCCAGACCCAGUGACCGAUCCGCCGUAGACACCGCCAAACACCUUGAUCGUUCCUUCUCCGGAAAUACGUCUUGGAACCCUGAUGGGACGCUUGUUAUGGUGGGAUCGUUGACCGGACAUUCGAUUGAUGGGAUCCUUCGGGAUAUCAAGGCGCCUGUGCGGACGGCGCAGAGGGAUAUUCGCUUCGUGAAAUUCGACACCGAUCGAGAGAACUUCAUUCUUAAUGUCACCGAUCCUCGCACGCGCGACUUUAUGAGCAGCAACAAGGUCAAUGAUGCAAUCACCUUUAAAAGCUGGGCUAAAGCAAUCAUCCCCAACACUCCCGCUCGCACGCACGAGUACCAAACCUGGCGACUCGCAAGCAUCCUGUUCGACGACAUCACAGAUGCGCUCCCGACAACCUUCAACCCCGGACACCAGCAUAACAUCUUCAUGCGGAUCCGGAAAGACAACCUCGCGCAGUUCUGGAGGGAGAUGGUUCGCCAAGACAUGCAAGAGCAUCUCGCGGAGGCGGAAGAUGCCGAGGAACGAGCGCUGAUCUACCUCUCCGGCGGCGACAUCGUGCAAGCUUGCGCGGUGCUGCUGGAAGCCCGGGACUACAAGUUGGCGACCAUGGUAUCCCAGCUCAGCCGACCCAGUGCCGAGAUGCAGGAUGCUAUUUCGCAGCAGUUGGAGACGUGGCAGAAGCAGGACACGCUUUCGGAGAUCAAGGACUCGAUUCGAGCGAUCUAUGAACUGCUUGCUGGGCAUACCUGCAUGUGCGACGGUGGUCACAACAUCGGGGCGGAGAAUAGAGCCGCGACGUUCAAUAUCGCGGAACGUUUCCAUUUGGACUGGCGUCGCUCGUUCGGGCUGCGAUUGUGGUACGGUCUUCGUUAUAAUGACUCCAUUGAGAUGGCCGUGCAGCAGUUUGCCGAAGAGCUGGGUUCAAAACAGGAGCAGGCGACUCCUGUGCCGUGGUAUGUGGAGCGCCAGACUGGGUUGCGUUGGGAGGAUCCGAACAUCAACGAGCGCGAGGACCUGCUGUGGGGACUGCUGAAGUUGUUUGCAGGACAGCGAGUCCCGAUGCCUGGCCUCCGGUUGGACGAGAUCCUUGCGGUCGAAAACGUCUCUAGCAACCCAUUGGAUUGCCAGCUUCCCUACAACAUGAUCCACAUGCUUCGUGCCCGGGACAUCACUGCCACAAGCGCUGAUAGCGACAAGGAGAACCGCAACGCCCCGUCCGCCAUAGCACCCGAGAACGAAGACGACACGGCGAACAAGUUGUCCCUACUAAUGUACACCUCCCUCCUCAACUCUCCAGUCCCUUCAACCGACAAGACUAAUCUGGCACGUGCAACCUGGCGCAUCGCCCUCUACCCCCUCAUCAAACUCACCGAGCCUCUCCGCUCCACCUUGAUCCAAAACCACCUGGUCCGCUUCGCCGGCGAGAUCCCGACCCUGGAAGCCGACCCCUUCUACAACCUCGCCACCUCCCACUUCAACAUUCCCCGCGACUGGAUCUUCGCCGCGCUCGCCACACACGCCCGCUCCGUCCAGCAAGCCCCUGACGCGCAGGCCCACUACCUUAUGCGCGCGUCGCUCUGGACGGAAGCGCACGCCGUGCUCUGCGCGGACGUCGCGCCGAAGGCGAUCAUCGAGAAGGACUACGACCGCAUCCGGGAGAUCCUAGGGACAUUCGUGGACGCGGGCGGGAAGGACGCGGUGGACGGGUGGGAGACGGGCGGGGGCCUGUAUUUCAAUUUCGUGUACCUGACGGAUCUGAUCCAUGUGACGGCGGCGAGCGAGCGGCGGGAGCGGCGAGAGUUGGUGGCGCGGUUGGGGAACGCGUUGGGUGUUGUGGCAGGGGAGCAGAGGGGGUGGACGGCGGUGAGGAGGGCGGCGGUGAGUGAGAUGGCGAGGGUGGUUGCGGGAGAGGUAGAGCGAGACGAGGCUCUCGCCCAACGGCGCUCGCAGUUCUUGCGGUAUCCGCUUACGGAAGACGCUACGUUGCGGCAUACGAUGGAUCUGAGCUUGUCGUAUUAUAAGUCUCUAAUGGCGGGAGGAUGAUAAUUAUACCGUGCGAUCAGAGAAUGGGAUCUUGCAUACCUGGCUUCGCGUACAUUCUGCUCAUCAGACGUGCUUGCGAGCACUGCAUACCUUAGACGAGCGGCGCCCUGGUUUGGUCAUGAUCCAGGGUGACCGACAUUCGUUCACCUCCUUGAUGCGUGAACGCAGCAUCCGGCUCCGUCGAUCGGGCUGCGGCUCCUUGCAUUGGUGUUUGGGUAGACCUUAAAAGUUAUAUUUGUAGCAUAGCCGACUGAAUGGGAUGGAUCUGUAAA